UCUCCAAGUGUUGAUUGGAGACUAGGGUAAUAGGAUACAACUCUGCAUAAGCUGUGAUAACAUUGAUGGCGACUCCAAAGUUCCUAAACACAUUGGCAACACAGAGUGCUUGAUAUCAGGGGCAUUGUGUUGGUGUUUUUAUAAGCUGGACCAGGUCCAUUGCAGUGUGUGAUUGUUUCAAGAGAGAGGUGGGAUGGAUGAAUCACUCAGGCAUAUCAACCCCAAUCCGACGCUGUCGGCUAAUAUUUUCUCCAGGACUCUGUUCUGUUGGUUGGAUCCCCUGUUUAAGAAAGGUUACAAGCGGCCACUUGAAGACACUGACCUAUACAACGUCUGCCCUUCAGAUUCCUCCGAGUACUUGGGGAACAAGCUAGAAGAUGAAUGGAACAAACAGUUGAAGAAAGGAGGCAAGCCGAGUCUACUGAAAGCUUUGAUGAGAACCUUUGGAUUACAGUACAUGCUGGUGGGACUGGUUGUCUUCUUUGAGGAAGCCACUAAAGUAGUCCAGCCUCUAUUACUGGGUGGACUUAUACGCUACUUCACCCCCGAUUCCCCGGUCAGCAAAAAGGAAGCAUGGCUGUACGCUAUGGGGGUGUCACUCUGUGCAAUAGUGUUGGCCAUCACCCACCACCCCUACUUCUUCUGUGUCCAGAGGAUCGGCAUGAGAAUGAGAAUCGCCUGCUGCUCCCUGAUGUAUAAAAAGUGUCUACGUUUGAGUAACAAGGCUCUUGGGGAGACAACCAUUGGUCAGAUUGUUAACUUGAUGUCAAAUGAUGUGAAUAGGUUUGAUCAGGCUGUUGUGUUCUUACAUUUUUUGUGGGUUGGUCCAGUACAAGCCAUUGCUGUUCUCAUCAUUCUGUGGCAUGAACUAGGGCCAUCUGUACUGGCAGGAUUCUUUGUGCUAUUGUUGCUGAUUCCUGUGCAAGGGUUUAUGGGAAAACUUUUCUCCAAACUCAGGCACAAGACAGCGAUCCACACGGAUGAAAGAGUGAAAGUUAUGAAUGAAAUUAUUUCCGGGAUGAGAGUCAUCAAGAUGUACUGCUGGGAGAAGCCGUUUGGUGAGCUGGUUGAGAAGAUUCGCAAAAGUGAGAUACGCUACCUGAUGCGGAAAAAGGUGCUGACGUCGUACACCGCCUCCGUGUGGGUGGUCAUUCACCGCCUUCUGUACUACUCCCUGGCCGUCGGCAUAGUGCUGGCGGGGACCUGGUCGUCGCUGCGGCCCGCUGUCCUGUACACGGCCACGCCCCUCCUGUUCCUGCUGGCCUACAACCUGGUGGGCUGUGUGUUUGAGGCUGCUAGGUACACGGGAGAGUGUGUGGCGACAGGUGCCAGGCUAAAGAGGUUUUUGUUACUGGAAGAACUGGGCCAGUCGUCCAGUGUUGACCGCACCUUGUUGAAUCAGGUUGAUGACAAGUGUUACGUCGAACUGGACAAUGUCACAGCCAAGUGGGAUGGGAACACAUCUGAGAGCAAUACACUGGAAAACAUAAGCUUGAGAGUAGAUCCAGGCAAGUUGGUGGCUGUAAUAGGCCCUGUGGGGGCUGGCAAAUCUUCCUUACUGAUGAGUAUCCUGGGGGAGCUCCCAGCGCAGACAGGAAGUGUGAAAGUGUCUGGUAAAGUUUCCUACGUCUCCCAGCAGCCUUGGAUUUUCUCUGGCAGUGUUCGGCAGAACAUAGUCUUUGGCGGAGUGUUUGAUAAAGCCAAAUACGACAGGAUAAUUAAAGUUUGUGCAUUGACGAGGGAUUUAGAGAUAAUGCCAAAUGGAGACACAACUCUGAUAGGUGACAGGGGUGUCAGCUUGAGUGGGGGUCAAAGGGCAAGGGUGUCCUUAGCCCGGGCAUUGUACAUGGAUGCAGAUAUCUAUCUUCUAGACGACCCACUGAGUGCUGUGGAUGCAGCAGUUGGUAGACACAUAUUUGAAAAAUGUAUCGUAGGCUAUUUAAAGAAGAAGCCCAGAAUCCUGGUAACUCAUCAAGUUCAGUUCCUGCCCGUGGCUGACACAAUCUACAUUUUAAAAGAGGGUAAAAUAAAUAUCAAGGGAUCCUUUGAUGAGCUGUCUCAGUCUGGUGUGGACUUUUCUGAACUGUUAAAGAGACCAGAAAAUGAGGAGCCCUCCUCCCCACCUGUUGGCUCCUCUGUGGACCCCCUGUCUGUCCACCCUGAACUAUCAGAGUUUGGCUCCCACCUGUCUCUGGCAAGCAUUGCUGAGGGCUAUGAGCCAGAACCAGUACAACUUCCAGAAGUCGAGGAGCGAGCCAAGGGGAACGUGGGCAUGAAGAUCUAUGUGGAUUACUUCAAGGCUGGCUCUGGAGUUUUCAAGUUCACUAUUCUAGUCCUUUUGAACAUCGCUGCUCAGUUGUUUUACAUAGGGAGCGACUGGUGGCUGUCUCGAUGGUCUAACCAGGAAGAAGUCAAGUAUGCAGCGAUUGAAAAGCAUCGUCAGUUCCUGGAGAUCAACAACCUGACAGACUCUUUCAACGUCAGCGACUUCAGCGGUAACUUCAGCAGCAACAUUACCAUUCCUUAUGUGGACAGCCACUUUAACAUUUACGUGUUCACUGGCAUCAUCCUGGCCGUCUUCCUGUUUGGCCUGGCCAGAGCUCUCCUGUUUUUCAAGAUUGCGGUGGACGCCUCCCAGACCCUGCACAACAUGAUGUUUGCCAGAAUUCUCAGAUCUCCCAUCUCAUUCUUUGAUUCCAACCCAGUUGGUCGAAUCUUGAACAGAUUUUCUAAAGAUGUUGGUCACAUGGAUGAUCUGCUGCCUGUCACAUUCUUUGACUUUAUACAAUGUGCCUUGCUCAUCCUUGGCAUUGUUCUAGUGGCCGGUAUUGUCAACCCCUAUGUGUUCAUCCCGACUGUUCCUCUUGCCAUCUGUUUUGUCUUGGUCAGGAAGUACUACUUGCAGACGUCCAGGAGCAUCAAACGUUUGGAAGGAACAACUCGGAGUCCAGUGUUUUCCUACCUCAGUGCCACGCUCCAGGGCCUGCACACUAUACGCUCCAUGAACAUGGAGCAGAAGUUUAUGGAGGAAUUUGAUGCCUACCAAGAUAAACAUUCCGAGGCCUGGUUCCUUUUCCUGGCCACAAGCCGCUGGCUUGCCGUUCGACUAGACUGGCUAUGUGCCCUGUUUGUUACAGCCGUCACAGUUUGCUCUGUUUUGGCAGCAGAUACCAUGAGUGCAGGUCUUGUUGGCCUGUCUAUCACCUACACCAUGACAUUGAUGGGCAUGUUUCAGUGGGGAGUCCGGCAGAGUGCAGAAGUGGAAAAUCAGAUGAUUUCGGUUGAAAGAGUCUUGGAGUACUCUAGACUACCGGAGGAGGCAGCACUGGAGUCCAAGCCUGAUACCAAACCACCUCCUGGCUGGCCGUACGAAGGACAGAUUGUGGCCGAUAAAGUGUGUCUGCGAUACUCUCCCAGUGGACCACUUGUACUGAAAGACUUGACCUUUGUUAUACAUGGGAGAGAAAAGGUGGGCAUUGUUGGCAGGACUGGGGCAGGGAAAAGUUCUUUGAUCACAACAUUGUUCAGGAUGUCAGAACCAGAGGGGAAACUAGAGAUUGAUGGCAUCAACAUUCAGCAGAUAGGGCUGCAUGACCUCAGGAGUACAAUCUCCAUCAUACCACAGGACCCUGUCCUAUUCACUGGCUCAUUAAGGAAAAAUCUGGAUCCAUUCCAACACCACAGUGAUGAGCAGCUGUGGAAGUCUUUAGAUGAAGUCAAGUUGAGAGAACAGAUUAAAGAUAUACCCGAGGGUCUUGGGGCUGAGGUCUCAGAAGGGGGUGUGAAUUUUAGUGUGGGCCAGCGCCAACUGAUCUGUUUGGCUAGGGCCAUACUAAGGAAUAACAGAAUCCUGCUGAUUGAUGAGGCCACAGCCAACGUUGAUCCAAUCACUGAUGAACUCAUUCAACAGACCAUACGCACAAAGUUCAGGGAAUGCACAGUUCUGACGAUAGCUCACAGGCUUCAUACCAUCAUUGACUCGGACAGAGUCAUGGUACUGGACAAUGGAUUUAUUGUUGAGUUUGAGAAACCCUACAAACUGAUGUCUCAAGGCCAUGGGUUUUUCUACGAGAUGGUGCAACAGCUGGGCAAGGCGGAGUUCGAUCAUCUCUUGGAACUGGCCAGAGAAGCUGAUAAGAAAAAUGAGACCAAGCAUAUAACAGCUAAUGGAGUUCCCGCCAAGUUAUUCAAAUCUCAGAACUCCACUCUUGACUCGCCCACCAACCUUGACACAAGCUAUGACAUUUCGGACCUGACCUAUGAGAUAACAGACAUUGAAAACAGCCUCAAGAUGAUAGACGACGUCAGCGAUGCUCCUGAGGUGGGGGCCAGGGCCAAGAAGGCCGAUGCCGUCAGCACCAACAGCAGUUCUGUAACGCCACUCACUGCCACCUCUGCCAGCGACACGGAGCAGACGGCGCUGCUGACACCCACCUCACCGGAAGAGGAGGCCAGUUUGGCUGAGACUAAGGCCAUGCUAAAAACUGAGCCCCAUGAUAGGACUAGUGAUGAUGAGAAUGACGAGGGGGAUGAGAGUCUAGUCUUAAUCAAGUCAGCUAGAGGAAGCCAUACAGACGUGACUGAAGCCUAAACAGUUUGUCAGGAACCAAUGUGUUUUUAUGGAAGAGUUUGAUGUAUGUGGUAAAACUAGAAUCAACAUUGUCUUGUAUGGAUUUACUAUAUAUUUAAAAUGAUUCUUGUGCCUCUGAUGUAUGUAUGAAUUUGUUGGUUUUUUUUUUUUUAAGAUAUUUUUUAUUGUAAUGACAAAAAAUUAUAUAUAUUUAUAUAUACAUUUUUUUGUUUUGUUUGUUGACAAGAUGCAAAGAAUUCUUAUGAAUGAAUGGUUCCCUAAAUCUUAAUCCCGGUUUUGUUGGGUGAAAUUAUUUUUUUUAGCCUUUUAAUUUAUUUUCAUUUUCUUAAAAAGCUUCUUAAAAACAAAUUCUAUUUUAUUGAACAUGGAAACAAAAAAGUAACUUAAAAUGAUAAGCCUUCUCAGAUUUGAUUCAAAGAAUUUUUAACGAGUUUUGAAAUCAGCUACACUAAGAUCUACCACUCAAUCUACUGUCUUGUGCGAUUCUGAGUGAUAAAAAUUUAGUAAUAAUUUCUUAGCUUCUUGAGCAGAGAGGACAUUCCAUUUGAGUGUUACUUAGAAAACAUUACAUGAUUGUUAUUGUUAUGGCAACGUCUAUAAUAAUGUUAUGUUAAGGUUGAUGAUAUCAUUGUACAUUGCCCUCAGCAAAGAAACAAGAAAUAAAACCUGUCUCAUAUUUGAGACAUGAUAUUUGGUCCAAUAUAUCUUGUUGAAGUUUCUGUUGAUUGACAUCCUCAUAUUUUGUUUUUAAAUACCUUUAAAAAAGAAAAACAAUCUGGCCAGAUUUCACUGAGACCUGUGAUGUGGCAGUGAGCUAUUGGUUUAAACUGCUCACAGGUUGCAACAUCACAGGUCAGUGCUCAGGCCUUCCAUAGUGAUUUGGUCUCGACAGAUCAGAGAGAAAUCAAAACUAACCAGUAACUAUUGGGUUGGCGCAAGGCUUUCAACUCAAAGUGAUAAAGAAAUUUUUUUUUUUUUUGAUAAAUUGUAGCUGUGAAAACUGGCCAGUUGUUUCUCUGAGAUGUGACACAAUGUUGAAUAACUAGUUUAGUGUCAGGAUGUUUGUAGUGUAGUGCAAGUUAUAUUGUUGACAGUUGUCUGGGUGAAAUAAUUCUGGAGACAUGUCAGGUAUCAUAGUAUUCUAAAAGGAUGAACGUUGAUUUCAGCUUAUUUGGCUACAUCUCUUCCUAGACACAAGUGCCAGUGUCCAAUUGCCUUUACUUUGAAAGAUACCCAUAUCCCCCAUGCUGUUUUACCUGUGACCAGAGGAAUUUUUCAAUGCUGGACCAAAUGUUAUUCAGUUAGACUUUAUUGUUAAGUCUUACUUAGACCAUCCAGCACAUCCGGGUGGCUAGUUGUGUCCAUAGAGAUCUGUCUCCAUUAAUGCAACCUCUACCUACCAGCUAAUCCCCACUGCCCUGAGAUUCCCUCCAUGAAGGUGUGGCGCCCUGUUUAAUGACUAUGUCCCUGUUUGCGUUAUAUCGGGCUAGGAACAUUAAAAUUUAAAAAAAUGAACUUAGGUUUUAAGUAUUGAACAACAUAAGUGGAUUUUGGUUCUAGAACCAUUUCAUUCCUGAUCUAGUGAAGUGGGCAGUAGAAACAGAUGUAUAUAUUUAUAUUCUUUGCUACAUGUACAAUGUGUGAGGUGGUAAAAUUCCAUUGACAUAGGGACCUCUUUUUUUUUCUUUUUUUCUUUUAAAUGUUGACUACUCCAGCAUUUCUCAACAUUAAUAAUGUACAGGUCUGACAAGUAUCUGUAAGGAUAAUAGAAAACAUUAGGCUAGUACCACAUAGGGUUAAGAAGCUGUUGCUUAAAUAAGUGGAUAGUCACAAAGCUCAGUUGGACAGUUUGUAUUUAUGAGAGUGAUGUCUGACCAUUCUUUGCCCUGACCAGCUAUUUCUGAUGAGAGAUAACAUAAACAAUCAGCAAGUUGAAUGUGAUCUCCUAUUCACUAAUGCCAAUCUUAAAAAUAAGAUCUAUAUGCCAAAGUAUACAUAUAUUUGAUGACAUAAGAUACUGAUUCUCCGCCAAAAACCUCUUUCUUAAAUAUUUCAAUAUUCUGAUGCUUUUUUCUGGCAAAACCAAAGUAAAAAUAAAAAUGACAUUGAAUAGCAUUUAUUUAGAUGAUAAAAAACAAUGAUCUUAGUUCUUUCAACAGUAUUUUUUCCUUGCAGUCGUCAGCUUAGUGAUAGAAUCAAUCAUGGCAUAUAUUUAGACUUUUAACCCUAGAUCUGCUGUUAUGUCAGGGGAUUGAACUUUGGUAGGUGAAUUUGAGUUACCUGUACCAGUUCAAAAGUUAGCUUUUUGUGUGAAAAAUGCAACAUUUGAAUUAAAGUCUUUCUACCAAGUUAACUGCAUGUACUUGUAUCAUUUUUGUUUUAAAUUUAUACCUGUAUUGAUAUAUCUUUGUGGUUCUCUAGUACUUAUGUGUGUUUACCAUGAAGCUUGGAUACUUAAAGUGUCUUAAUGAUUGCACAAAGUAGUCAGCAACUUCUAGAAUGUUUCCUGUGUCAGGAGACCCAAUGGAUCAUUUCUUGUAGUCACAAAGCUACAUUCAAUUCCCAGACGAUGGCAUAAGAACAGAUGGCAUUAUUUCUGCCUUCCUUAUACUUGGAGAAUUUAUUUUACAAAUUCAUUUACAAGCUUGUUCAUUAUAUCCAUGGACCAGUCUUAUUGAUUAGAUAUUAAAGAUAACUCUUUUAAGUGACCAAACUUUCAAUAGCUUCAAGUUGAGAAAUUGUUAGCCCCAGAUAGGUUUGGUUGUUGGUUUCCUCUUAUAUUUUUUGGUCAUUGAUUUUUCAACCUGACAAUUAAGUUCAAUCUUUUUGUCCUUCCUCUGUGAUGUACUUACUCAACAGAAUGCCAUAUUUCUCUUUUUGAAUGUGAUAUGAUUGUGUGUUGAAUUUUGUGUUUUCACAGGAUAAGUCAUUAAUUAAUAAAUACAUUAAUGAAACAAAGAC